AUGGCAGCAUCGUCUGACUCUACGGAACAAGAUUCCUCUUGUCUGAUCAUCUGCGCCCUGCAGCCUUCUCUGCGACUCGAUGCGCAGCCUCCCGCAGAUGCCAUCGACGCCGCAAUCGCCAUAAUGGAGCAAGCCAGCAAACUUCACGCAUCAAGCAUUGAUCUUUUUGUCUUGCCGGAGCUAUCGCCCAUUGGAUAUUCGGAACACACCUUUGCUCAUUAUCUUCCUGCGAAUUCUGAGAAACAACAACUGUACCUUGAUCUAGACACUCGCAUGGCCCAGGCGGCGCAAGAUCUAAAGGCGCACAUAUGCUAUGGCUCGGUUGGUUGGCAUUCCAAGAACAAGGAGGAUGAUGGCAGUGGCGACAAUCAAGUGGAUUAUACCAUUCGACAAAUUGUUGUAGAUCCUAAUGGCAACAAAGUUGCUGUCUACGAUAAGAUCUACCUAUGCGAUGUUGGGGAGUGUGCCGAAACGCGCUUCUUUGUGCCUUCUCCCUCUGAACAACCAGUUUCCUUUCAGAUUGGCAACCGCUGGAACUUGGGGAUGCUCAUUUGCUUUGACCAACGAUUCCCCACUCUGGCACGAACCUACGCCGCCCAACACAACGUCCACGUCUUGCUACAACCAGCUGCCUUCCUUCGUGAUUGCACCUUUGUCACGUGGAAAUCCUUUCGAGAAACACGUGCCAUUGAAAAUUCCGUCUACUUUGUAGGGGUGAACUAUGGUGGAACGGAUUAUGGCGAGACCACAUGUGUCCCUCCGUGGGUCGACGAUAGCGGCAACGAGGACUACCAGCCACAAAGCCUGGGGCGCGAGAGCGAUACCUGGUUGGUUUGUCAAAUCAAAGCUUCCGUUCUGGACCAAGUACGAACUACAUUUCCCUAUUAUCGGGUCUUGAAACAAGAAGCCUCCAGAGGAGAUGCUGGAGGCGACUACUCGAAGUAA